AUGUUGAAAAGACAGCGGCCUGUUUCGCCACCACCUUCUUUUCCUGACAUCCCACUCUUGCCAUCUGAACCCGUUUCAUGCGACCUCAGUCGACACAUUGUCAAGCGCCGCCGUGUACUUCCACCAUCUCUAGAUGGGCCAUCUCGUGGCUGGGGGUCUCCCUUCGUAUUUAACCAGAACGAUGACGAUGGAGAGGAUGAUGAAGAUGAUGAUAUGGGCGCUGCGAUACAGAAUGUGGAUGGCGCUCCGACCGACAUGGCAACGAUUCAGACCCCAUCAAGCGUAGCAGAAUACAAGUCUGUGAAUAGCUUGCUACACGAUUUGCAUGCGGAACAUCAGUACAGGAGGGUUUCGUCGUCCACAGCUACAGCUUUCGCCCCGGAUGACUACACUCGAUUGCAUCCUUUCCAUCAAAUGCCCAUGUCAACUCUCGAAAAACAAUUUCCCAUCCAAGAUUCGCAACCGCCACGAACAGGAAUUUACUCUGAGCUCACGACAAAAAUUGCGCCUUACUUUGGUCAGGAGUUAUUACACGUUGGGGACGUCUUCUUGGGCGAAGGAUUGUUGGUUAAGAAACACUAUGAAGACACUAACAAACUGUUGCGAUCCCUUGUCCUCGGGCGGCGACGCGAGCUCACCGACCGCCCUUAG